UUUCAUAUAUUUGACAACAGGUAUUAAUUGUUUUUAUCAACAAAAAAAAAAAAAAAACAUACAAAAGAAAAAAAGAUUUGUGUUAAGAACUUAAUUGAAACAUUACAAUGGCAAAGAAUUCUUAUGCACUGUCUGGGUUAAUUGUGGCCCUAGUCAUCGCAUUGGUAUGCAACAUUGAUGACGCUGCAGCGAGAGACGUGAAGCUAGUGAAGCUCCGCGAUGUAAAACCCGAAACUUUGAACAAGUUGAAAGGAGAAAAAGAAAGUGAACUCAUGCAAGCAGAGGAGAAAAACAAUCUUCUAAAGGAAAUUGAGAAGGCAAAGAAAUUGCUCGGAGAAUUGAAAACGUUAAAGAAGCAAUCAACUGGUGAUAUGAAAAGCGAAUUGAAAUCUUUGGUGAAAUCUGAAUCGUUACUUAAUGAAAUUUCAGAUUCUCUGAAGAAUGGAACGUACAACCAUAUUAAAGCAAACAUUUUUGUUGAAAAAGAAUCAUUUUUCUACAGAGCAUGGAAGGAGAAUGCCUAUAAUUCGGUGGUUCCGGAGAAGGAGAAAGAGUAUAUGUCUACCAUAAAACGCAUUGUCAAGUUGGUGAAGAAAACUUAGAAGAAGAAUCGGUUACUUCAUGAUAUUUAAUUAGUAACCUUUAAAUUAACAAAAAGAUAUGAUAUUCAAACGCAUGUCUAUCUAUAUAAUGUCUACGCAUGUAUCAACGGUUUUAUUGUGUAACAAAUAUUUUGUAAUUAGUAUGCUUUCUUCUAGCAUGUCCAAAUUGUAUUUGGUCGAAAAUACUAAAAAUAAAUUGUUUCGAUAUUUUGUCAAAUCACCGGCAAAUGGACCUAGUACCAAACUAUUACAAUAUAUAUUUUUCAGAUCAUCCC